AGAGGCGCACCCUACUCGGAUCGUACCGGGUGUAUCUGCUAGUCAUACGUUGGCCCACCGAGAGCGAAUGUCCUUUCGCGCGCUAUUCUUCACUGAUUAGUCCACGUUGAGCUACAACAAUUCCUUUUUUGAUCGAUUUCUUACGUAUUUAGUGACCUAUUAAUUGGAAUCAAUCAUCAUGCCUCACUAUUUACAACCGCGGCACUUGGACUUAGACUUUUGCUAAACGUCAGUAAUCACACAAUUAGUGCAAUAGGUAUUAGCAAUCAGGACAACUGUGAUGUAACAUCAAAGACAGCAGUGUCAAAUUAUUCUGACGAAGAAUACCCCCGCAAUCAGAGUAAUGAAAUUGAUGAGUUAUUAAUAAUCAGUGAUGAGUGGAGUGUAAACGUGUGUUGGAUGCCUAAGUCCAGUGUACUAAAGCGCAUGGUGGGCUCAAUGGGAUCACCCCUUGUAGUGAUAUCACCCGGAGAAGAGUCAACAUUAUCAGCAGCUGUGCUACAAUCAGUUUCAUCGGUGGUAGUAUCGUUAUCAUUAGCUUCACAUUAUCCAUCAAGCAAACAUCAACAACUACUGUUGAAACAACAACAGCAUCAUCACAGGCCACAUCAACAAAGUCAGCGUCAGCUACCUCGUUACCACAACCAGCUGCACCACAAGGAACGUCAUCAGUGUGUCAUUGACACAAUUACAUGGUGAUUACUCCCAUUGUGUUGGUUAAAAAGUUAUAAACAAUUGGAUCUUAAACAACUCACUUAAAUAUGGAUACUAUUCUGAUAAUAGGGAUCUGCUUCCUUUGCUACGAAUUCUGUGAUCUAAUCAGACGUUACACCACGCCGAUAACCACCAACUCUCAAGAUUUUCGAUCAUCGACCCCUCCGCCACGCAUUUACUCCAUUUCUCACAAGAUAUCUCAAAAUUCAGCAAAAUGCUGUUCUCAGUAAACUUUUAGGAGUGUGACUUUGAAUUCUGUGCUGAUUGAUUACUGCCGAUUGAUCAGAAGAGAGCUAAAUGUAAUAAUGAACAGGAAGCAAGGGGUUUAAAGUUCACUGCUUUGUCUCGUGAGUGAUAUUGAAUGAGCCUGUAAACUAAGUGAAACUACUCGGAAGUGAGUGCUGACAUUCUCCGCUCAGUUUAGUCCGUGGAGCUUUUAGUCUAAUGAUAGAGUGAUUUUGAGUUUGUCGAGGAAUUUAAUCUUACUUAUCAAUUGUAUUUUAAAUUCAACAAAACGGAUACGACACUUUUAAAGAAUCAUUUUAAUGAUGUUUGCUUUUCCAUUGAUGGUAAAGGAACUUCUUAUUUCAGUAAUACCGGCUUACUUUUGGCGAAAUGAUUCGGGGCUUGAGUAUAAAAUCUGAUUGUGUUUAAUGAAACACUUGAAGUGCUUUUAUUCGUUUGAUUAGAAAUUUAUUGGAUCUGGUGUAAGUGUUUUUCGAUUGUACACUGUUCAUUGCUCAUUGUUUGAUGAAGGUCAAUGAUCUCCAAUGCAAUGGAAGAUUAAAUGAUGAUGAUGCGCUAGCUUGCAGAAUGUGAAACUCCGCAUUUGAUGAUGAAACUUUGCUGGGUGACCAGAUCAUAAAAUUGCUGAAAGUAACUGAGCUUAAUAUACAUAUAUAUCUAGAGGCAUGGACUCACUUGAGCGAUUGAUGAGUUCAGCGCCUCAUUCUUCAGCCUUACCAGCGGCUUUUCGUACGCAAAAUGCCUUUGUCCAAGCAAGUUUGUGUUCAGUUAUUGGGCGAAAGGGACGUCAUUUGACGGGCACCUUUUGCCUGACUGGUGAUACUAUGGAAGGCAUCAUUCAGUGUCUUGUUUUCCUGAAAGCCUUUUCGCUCGUCGGGGGUGAGUUUGACAUGGAGCUAAAUUUCGUCAUCCAAGAUGCUCAGAACAUCAGACAUAUGUUGGAGCUGUUGGAUCAUUGUCCGCCAAAUCUUCAGGCGGAAAUAUGGAGUGUCUUCAUCGCGAUUUUGAGAAAAAGCGUGAGAAAUUUACAAGCAUGCACAGAUGUCAGUCUUAUAGAGCACGUUCUCCAUCGUUUAUCUCGUGCAGAAACAGUUGUUGCAGAUUUAUUGAUCGAUAUGCUGGGUGUGCUUGCAAGCUACAGUAUCACAGUUAAAGAAUUGAAAUUGCUCUUCGGUGCAAUGAAAGCCAUCAAAGGAAAAUGGCCGAGGCAUUCUGCUAAAUUGCUAAACGUACUUCGCCAGAUGCCACAGCGUAAUGGACCAGAUGUAUUUUUCAGUUUUCCCGGAAGAAAAGGAUCCGCUAUUGUAUUACCACCAAUGGCGAGAUGGCCACAUGAAAGUGGUUUCACGUUUACCACGUGGUUCCGACUCGACCCUAUCAACUCAGUCAAUAUCGAGAGAGAAAAGCCUUACCUUUACUGUUUCAAAACAAGUAAAGGAGUUGGAUACUCAGCCCAUUUCGUUGGCAACUGUUUGGUCCUUACUUCAAUGAAAGUCAAAGGCAAGGGCUUCCAACACUGUGUUAAAUAUGAAUUCCAACCUAGAAAGUGGUAUAUGAUUGCGAUAGUGUAUAUAUACAACAGAUGGACAAAAAGCGAGAUAAAAUGUCUGGUAAAUGGUCAAUUAGCUUCAAGUACCGAAAUGGCCUGGUUCGUGUCAACAAAUGACCCAUUUGAUAAAUGUUACAUCGGUGCGACGCCGGAGGUUGAUGAAGAGCGUGUGUUUUGUGGCCAGAUGAGCGCCAUUUAUCUAUUCAGUGAAGCUCUUACGACGCAUCAAAUUUGUGCGAUGCACAGAUUAGGACCUGGAUACAAAAGUCAAUUCCGGUUUGACAACGAGUGCUACCUGAAUCUACCCGACAAUCACAAAAGGGUGAGUGAUGAGCUGGAUAAUUCGAGCAUGGUCGACCAAAGUAUGCAAACUGUACUGUAUGACGGUAAGCUGUCCAAUGCAAUUGUGUUCAUGUACAAUCCAGUGGCGACAGAUUCUCAAUUAUGUUUACAAAGCGCGCCAAAGGGUAACGUCUCCUACUUUGUCCAUACACCACACGCGCUCAUGUUACAGGAUGUCAAGGCUGUUAUAACACAUUCCAUACACAGUACAUUGAAUUCCAUCGGCGGAAUCCAAGUAUUAUUCCCAUUAUUUUCACAAUUAGACAUGUCAUAUGACUGCAUCGCGCCCAAUGAUAUCAAACGCGAUCCAAUGUUAUGUUCAAAACUAUUAGGAUUUAUUUGCGACUUGGUAGAAACUUCGCAGACUGUGCAACAACACAUGGUACAAAAUCGUGGCUUUUUAGUCAUCAGUUUCAUGUUGCAACGUGCGAGUCGUGAGCAUCUAACGACAGAAGUUCUCGGAUCUUUUUUGGAACUCACUAAGCAUCUUGUUACUUGUCUCAGUGCUAACAGUGAUUUACUAUUAAAGCAGAUGUUUUACUUUUCAUUCCUGACAUGGCAGUUACUGGACCACGUGCUCUUCAACCCUGCCCUGUGGAUUUACACCCCCGCUCCAGUACAAACGAGGCUUUAUUCUUAUCUGGCUACUGAAUUCCUCAGUGAUACGCAAAUUUACUCUAACGUACGUCGCGUGUCUACAGUUCUUCAGACUGUUCAUACCCUCAAGUAUUACUACUGGGUCGCUAAUCCACGAGCUAAGAGUGGAAUAACUCCCAAGGGUCUAGAUGGACCACGCCCGCAGCAGAAAGACAUCCUGACAAUUCGCUCAUACAUUCUGCUGUUCCUCAAGCAACUAAUAAUGAUAGGAAACGGUGUGAAAGACGACGAGCUGCAAUCGAUUCUAAAUUACCUGACAACAAUGCACGAGGACGAGAACCUCCACGACGUGCUUCAGAUGCUGAUAUCUUUAACAUCAGAGCACCCGUCCUCAAUGGUACCCGCAUUUGACUCAAAACAAGGAGUCCGAACAAUCUUCAAGCUGUUGGCUGCUGAAAGCCAAUUGAUCCGUCUACAAGCUCUCAAACUCCUUGGAUUUUUUCUCUCUCGCAGUACUCACAAGCGCAAGUACGAUGUAAUGAGUCCCCAUAACCUCUACACGCUUCUCUCCGAGCGACUGUUGUUAAACGAAGAAACCCUGCUUCUACCAACCUACAACGUGCUCUAUGAAAUAAUGACCGAACAUAUAAGUCAGCAUAUUCUCUACACUCGUCAUCCGGAACCAGAAUCCCACUAUCGACUGGAGAACCCGAUGAUUUUAAAAGUUGUCGCUACGCUUAUUCGUCAGUCCAAACAAACGGAACAAUUAUUGGAAGUUAAGAAGCUGUUCCUGUCAGACAUGACUCUCCUCUGCAACAAUAACAGAGAGAAUCGUCGCACUGUUUUACAGAUGUCUGUCUGGCAAGAAUGGUUGAUUGCCAUGGCGUACAUACACCCAAAAAACACUGAAGAGCAGAAAAUAUCAGACAUGGUUUACUCGUUGUUUAGAAUGCUGCUUCAUCAUGCGAUCAAGCACGAGUAUGGAGGCUGGCGGGUCUGGGUUGACACUCUGGCUAUUGUACAUUCUAAAGUUUCUUAUGAAGAGUUUAAACUCCAGUUUGCUCAGAUGUACGAGCACUAUGAGAGACAGAGGUCGGAUAAUAUUACAGACCCAGAAGUCAGACAGCAGAGACCUAUUAGCACUAUUUCUGGGUGGGAUCAACAGCACGUGACUAGCAAUGGAAAUGCUAUCAAUGGUAAUGGAGCUAUUGAAAAUGGUGAUGAAGGGUAUAGAAAUUGGAAUGAGGAUCAUGCUAUUGAGAGAAAUUAUAAGGAGUAUGAUGCCAUUGAGGCUAAUGAAGUUGAGUCUAAUGAAAGAUUGGAAGAAACUUGUAGUUGUGAUUUAAAUUCUAUUGAUAAUACGGAAGAUAGUGAGGGAAGUCCAUCGAUUGCUGUCAAGUCCAGAGAUGUUGUCUCUAUUGAUUCCAGGCUCAGUGAGAUGGAGAAGAUUGAUAGUUGUGUUAUCGGUAAUCAUGUGGGAGAAGAUGAAUGUGCUAAGGAGGAGGAAGAGGAGAAAGAAAAGGAAAGGGAGGUGGAAGGGAAGGAAGAUGGAGAUGAUUUGGAGGUUAAGAUUGAGAAGAUUGUUCAGGAUAAGGUUGAAGAAGAGAAAGAUGAUAAGAAGGUAGACAGUAAGGAAAGUGAAAAAGAUGUUGUAGGAGUUGAGGAAGUAGUUGAAGAAGUUAGAGAAAAAAGUGAAGAAGUUCCGGAGGAAAUAAAAGAGGCUAAGGAAAUUAAAGUAGAGGCUGAAGAAGUUAAAGAAAUUGAAGUUAAAAAAGUUGAAGUUCAAGAUGAUAUUGAUGAUAAAGAUAUUAAAAAUGAUGACAAUCAAACAGAUGUAAUUGAUAGUAAAAAUAUUGAUAAUGAUAAUACUAAAAAUAAUGAAGCUGUAAAAGAAAAAAUUGAGGAUAAUUUAGUUGAAGAAGAGAAAGAAAUUAAUGAAAUAAAUGUAAGUAAUGUAGUAGAAGAAAUUGAUGUAGAAAAGAAUGAAAUUAAAGAGCAAGAAUCAAAUGAGGUGGGAUUAAAAGUAGAAAGUAAUGAAGUUGCUGAUGAAGAAAAAAAAGAAAUUAGUGAUUUUAAAGAGGGUAAUGAUGCGGUUGAUUCGAUUGAUAAUGUAAAUAAGGAUGUUGAUGAAAAUAAAGAAGAAGAUGUUAAAGAAAAUAAAGUGGAUAUAGUGGAUAAAAGUAAUGAUGGAGACAAAGCAGAAGAAAGCAAAGAACAAAAGGAAAAAGAAAAAGAAGAAAGUAAAGGUGAAGAAAUAGUAGUGACAGAAACUGAUAAUGAAGCUGAUAAAGAAGAUUUAGUGGAUAAAAACGACAAGACUGAAAAAUUCGAUGACACAGUCGAUGAUACUUUGGGUUCUAAAAGUAUCGAUUGCUCAACUAGCGUAAUUAAAAGCACUGACAAUUGUACGAGUGUAAAAAGUGACGGAGAAGAUAAAUUAAAAGGUGAUGUAAUAAAUAGUGAGAGUGAAGAGGAUAAAAUUGAGGAAGAAAAGGAGAAGGAAAAAGAGGAAGAAAAGAAAGAAAAGGAUGUGAAAGAAGUUGAGGGUGAAGGUGAUAAAGUAGAGGUAAAGGAAGUGGAAAAAGAAGAGCAAGAUAAACAAGAAGAAGGAGAAGUGAAGAAGGAGGAGAAAGCGGUGGAUGAAGAAAAUAUAUAUAAAGAAGAAGUGGAGACGAGUAAGGAAGAACAUUCAAGCGAACCGUCCAAUAUUUCUACUAGUAUAAGUGAAACAAUCGUACCAGUAACCGAGGAUGUAGAAAUAAAUGAUAUUAAUAAUAGUAAAAAUGUUAAUAUGAAUACAGUUAAAGUAGAUGAUGAUAAUAUGCAAGUGCCAAAUACUACACAAACAGAACUUCAACAACCAAUAACAACAAUAUCAACGGUCUGUGAUGCUACUAAAAGGUUAUCCGAUGGUGUACCUCAAGUUAUUUCUAGUGUGCUCGCAAUAGACAAUCCUCUGAAUUCAAGUGUCAAUGAUGUACAGUUAAGUACUAUAACUGCUGAUGUUGCUGUCGACCAUGAGCACGUUGAUCCGCAUCGCAGGUCUAGUCUACCGAAUGUGACAACCUCUGAAGCUGAUACUGACCCAAAUAGUGCUGGUGUCAGUGCUAAUGCUGAUGAGUCUGUUGUUCUUAACGGUGAUACUAAACGAACGGUUAAUAUGCCCAGUAAAAAAAUUUCUUCGCCACAAAAAAGACCACGCAGUGCCUCGACUUCCACCCAAGUAGAUCCCAAUCAUUUUGAAUCUAAAAGAGCAAAACAAGGUAAUGGAACUAAUCGGCCCAUGUUCAGUCCAGGACCAAGCCGACCGCCAUUUAGGAUACCCGAAUUUAAAUGGUCUUACAUACAUCAGAGAUUGCUGUCUGAUGUUCUAUUUUCACUUGAGACGGAUAUUCAAGUUUGGCGAAGUCAUUCAACAAAAUCAGUAUUGGAUUUUGUGAAUAGCAGUGAAAAUGCAAUUUUUGUGGUGAAUACCGUGCAUUUAAUUUCACAAUUGGCGGAUAAUUUGAUAAUUGCCUGCGGCGGGUUACUGCCAUUAUUGGCGUCAGCAACAUCACCGAAUAGUGAACUUGAUGUAAUUGAGCCAACACAAGGUAUGCCAAUCGAGGUAGCAGUGUCAUUCCUUCAAAGACUAGUUAAUAUGGCCGAUGUACUUAUAUUCGCGAGUUCACUUAAUUUCGGCGAGCUUGAAGCCGAAAAAAAUAUGUCUAGUGGUGGAAUUUUGCGACAGUGUUUACGUCUGGUCUGUACUUGUGCUGUUAGAAACUGCUUAGAGUGUAAAGAGCGUGGCAGAACUUACAGCAUGUUAGGUCGUCAAAUCGGUACUAGUAAUAAAUCACAGCACUUACAAUCUCUUAUACGUGGAGCACAGACAUCACCGAAGAACAUUGUAGAUAAUUUAACGAAUCAAUUGAGUCCAGUAAAAGAUCCCGAAAAACUACUACAGGAUAUGGAUGUGAAUCGUUUGAGAGCUGUUAUUUACAGAGAUGUUGAAGAAACUAAACAGGCACAGUUUCUGUCUCUGGCGAUAGUUUACUUCAUCUCUGUACUAAUGGUAUCUAAAUAUCGCGACAUUCUCGAGCCACCGAUUUCACAACGUCCACCGAGUCCUGUUCAAACAAUCCAGACCAAUGGAACUAAUAUUCGCCCGGCGAGCCCUACAGGAGACGGUAACGGUGGUGGAGGAGGUCGGCCUCUGUUUCCACAGUGGUCUCACCACGUGUAUCCUCAGUUCCUUCCGGGUACUCACCCCAACGCCAAUGCAAAUCUAAACGCCAACCACCAUCACAUCAGCCAGCACCACCACCAGCACCCGCUACCACCACCGACUGCCAGGCACUCAAAUCGCCAGAAUCCCUCAAAAUAUUACAUUCCGAACCAUCAUACUAAUCAUUACAAUAACCAUCAUCACCAUCAUCCGAAUAACAAUUACAAUAACUACCAUCGUCACCACUACUACCACCAUCAUAACAAUAAUAAUAAUAAUAACAAUAACAACAAUAACAACCACUAUCACGCGCUUCAAAAGCAUAACGAGCCCCGAAACCUUUAUCAUAGAAAUUCAGGUGUCGGUCUGCAAGAAAGCGGAGGAAUAAUGAGUCAAUCUGGUUCCCAAGAUGAUGGAGAAUAUGAAGUUAUUAUUGUUGAUGAAAAUAAUUCGAGCAUACUUGCUGAUCAUGAUGUCACUUCUUCUGGGCCACCAUCGACUAAGGGAGGUCACAGUGGUGUACCUCGAUCACAACCUAUUCUCGAGGAUUACAACACCACAUCUGAACCGUCUAUUGGUUCUUCAAAACGUCCCGAAGUACCAAGAUUAACAACCAAGAGCAAUGAUUCAAGUGAAGAAGCUAUGCAUCGCAGUAAUUUGACUACUGACCCAAGUCCAUCGAAUAUUACAACAGACAACGAAAACAGACAUAAUUCAUCGGAGGAAGCUUGGACAGACGUUAAUCUUAACGAAGAUGCUGAUACUAUACAAAUUAAUAAUUCACGUGAUGAUCCACGUAAUAUUCACAACAUUACACAUUCUCAUGGUAACCAAGAUAAUGAAGGAAAUGUAUUGGAACAAGAGACACUGGGUGACGCAGAACGCGGUGAAAAACCAACAGGUGAAAUAUCUGUUGUACGAAUACCCGAUCGGUUGGUAAUGACAUCAGCAUCCCCACGUCCAGAUGAUCUACCGAUCAAGAGCCUGGUGGAGCAUUUACCCGUGCCAACGCCGUCACGCGAAGCAUCGCUGACACAAAAACUGGAGAUGGCCCUCGGCUCUGUCUGUCCACUGCUGCGUGAAAUAAUGGUCGACUUUGCGCCGUUUUUAUCUAAAACCCUUGUCGGUUCACACGGCCAAGAAUUACUUAUGGAAGGCAAAGGGUUAACGACAUUUAAAAAUAGUAAUUCUGUCGUCGAACUUGUCAUGCUGCUCUGCUCACAGGAAUGGCAAAAUUCACUGCAAAAACACGCCGGGCUGGCUUUCAUUGAAUUGAUCAACGAAGGAAGACUAUUGUCACACGCAAUGAAAGAUCACAUUGUUCGAGUUGCCAACGAAGCUGAGUUCAUUCUUAAUCGUAUGCGUGCUGAUGACGUUCUUAAGCAUGCUGAUUUUGAGUCUCAAUGCGCUCAAACUCUCUUAGACCGCAGAGAAGAAGAAAGAAUGUGCGAUCAUUUAAUAACCGCAGCACGAAGACGUGACAAUGUCAUUGCCAGUCGUUUACUUGAAAAAAUACGUAACAUACUAUCGAAUAAGCAUGGUGCGUGGGGAUACAUGGAUCCCAUGGCAGCUAAACUGACGGAAUUCUGGAAAUUGGACGCUUGGGAAGAUGAUGCUCGGCGACGCAAGCGAUUCGUCCACAAUCCCUUGGGUUCGAGCCAUCCCGAAGCGACUCUGAAAGCUGCUCUGGAACAUGGUGCUCCAGAAGACGCGAUUCUUCAAGCACGCGAAGAAUUUCACGCUCAUCUUGCGGCUUCGCGUGCUCACCAACAGCAACUCCAGUCCGCGGAUCUUAUGGACGACAGUGAAUUACUGUCUGACGAUAGGGAUCUUGACAAUGAUUUGACUGGACCAAUAAACAUCAGCACCAAGGGGAAAAUAAUAGCUCCAGGAAUCGUAGCGCCAGGAAUAAUUUCCAUAACAUCCACGGAGCUGUACUUUGAGGUCGACGAGGACGAUAUUGAGUUUAAAAAAAUCGACAGUGAGGUACUCAAAUACUGCGACCACCUUCAUGGCAAGUGGUACUUUUCCGAGGUCCGUGCUAUUUUUUCACGGCGGUACCUUUUACAGAAUGUCGCCAUUGAAAUUUUCCUUGCAAGUCGGACGUCAAUACUGUUUGCAUUCCCGGAUCAGAUGACAGUGAAGAAGGUGAUCAAAGCUUUACCACGUGUUGGAGUAGGCAUCAAAUAUGGAAUUCCACAGACUAGGAGGGCUUCUAUGAUGUCACCGCGGCAGCUUAUGAGGAAUUCAAAUAUGACGCAAAAAUGGCAACGAAGGGAGAUUUCUAAUUUUGAAUAUUUGAUGUUCCUUAAUACUAUUGCUGGUCGUACAUACAAUGAUUUAAAUCAGUAUCCAGUGUUCCCGUGGGUACUAACUAAUUAUGAGACUAAAGAACUGGAUUUGAGUUUACCCAGCAAUUAUCGAGAUUUAUCAAAGCCAAUUGGAGCACUAAAUCCCAGUCGACGAGCUUACUUUGAAGAGCGUUUCCAAAGUUGGGAUAACGACAGCAUUCCACCGUUCCAUUACGGUACUCAUUACUCCACGGCUGCCUUCGUCCUUAAUUGGCUUAUUCGCGUGGAACCAAUGACUACAAUGUUUCUGGCACUCCAAGGUGGGAAGUUUGAUCACCCAAACAGACUUUUUUCUUCGAUAGCCCUAUCAUGGAAAAAUUGUCAGCGAGAUACAUCUGAUGUGAAGGAAUUAAUACCAGAGUUUUUCUUCUUACCGGAAAUGUUGGUUAAUAGUAAUCGCUAUCGCUUAGGUCGACAAGAAGAUGGAAGUUCUGUUGGUGAUGUUGAAUUACCACCAUGGGCUUCUUCACCCGAAGAAUUUGUCCGUAUUAAUCGCAUGGCAUUAGAGUCAGAAUUCGUAUCGUGUCAACUUCACCAAUGGAUCGAUCUAAUCUUCGGUUACAAACAAAGAGGUCCAGAAGCAGUCAGAGCAACGAAUGUAUUUUAUUAUUUAACUUACGAGGGAAGCGUAGACUUGGAAUCUAUUGUGGAUCCGGUUAUCAGAGAGGCCAUUGAAAAUCAAAUAAGAAAUUUUGGACAGACACCGUCCCAGUUAUUAAUGGAACCGCAUCCACCAAGAAGUUCUGCAAUGCAUUUAUCACCAAUGAUGUUUUCAAGCAUACCAGAUGACGUUUGUAUGACCAUUAAAUUUCCGUCAAACUCACCGAUUUGUCAUAUAUCUGCAAAUACCUAUCCACAGCUACCACUGCCAUCUGUAGUUACUGUUACAACUGGACAACAGUUUGCAGUCAAUCGUUGGAAUACUAACUACGCUGCAUCAGUACAAUCACCCAGCUAUGCAGACACACCACAAGCACAAGCUAUUAAUCAACCAUUAUCAAUGGAUCCUGUUUUGUCACAAACAGCAAAUAGUUCAAACCCGGCAUUAAAGCGACAUUUGGGUGAUAACUUUAGCCAGAAAUUGAAAAUAAGAAGCAACUGUUUCGUAACGACGGUCGACAGCAGAUUUUUGGUAGCAUGUGGCUUCUGGGACAACAGUUUUCGUGUCUUUUCUACUGAAACAGCAAAAAUCGUUCAAAUAGUAUUCGGUCAUUAUGGAGUAGUGACAUGUUUAUCUCGGAGCGAGUGUAACAUUACUUCUGAUUGUUACAUUGCGUCGGGUAGUGCCGAUUGUACAGUACUACUAUGGCAUUGGAAUGCCCGUACGCAGACUAUCGUAGGCGAGAGUGAAGCACCGGCUCCUCGCGCGACUCUGACGGGUCAUGAGCAGCCUGUUACUGCUGUCGUUAUUUCUGCUGAACUUGGUCUUGUCGUAUCUGGCUCCUACUAUGGACCAGUUCUUGUACACACGACAUUUGGUGAUUUACUUCGAUCACUAGAACCACCAAGUGGUUUCAUUUCACCAGAAAACAUAGCGAUGUCUCGUGAAGGUGUUAUUGUUGUCAAUUACGAACGUGGUCAUAUUGCGGCUUAUACUAUCAAUGGAAAACGUUUGCGUCAUGAGUCGCAUAAUGACAAUUUACAAUGUUUGCUAUUGAGUAGAGAUGGUGAAUAUCUAAUGACUGGUGGAGACAAAGGUAUCGUCGAAGUAUGGAGAACAUUUAAUCUAGCAUUAUUAUACGCAUUCCCAACUUGCGAGGGUAGUGUUCGUUCUCUAGCACUUUCUCAUGAUCAAAAAUUCCUAUUAGCUGGGCUCGCUAAUGGUUCAAUAGUAAUAUUCCACAUUGAUUUCAACCGUUGGCACCACGAGUUUCAACAGCGUUACUGAAAUUACGGUUGCCUUUUCGUCCGUUAUUAAAUAAUAAUAACAAUAAAAAUAAUAAAUAAGUACUUAACAGUGAAGAUAAAUCUGCGGGCGAAAAUACUUGGCAAGUAUAAAUAAACAAAAAAAAAGUAUAAAUAAUAAUAGCCGCAAAAUUUUAGAGUAAGUAGGAAAAAUUGUACUUAAUUUUAAAAAUAUUUUUUUCAAUUAAAAUCACACCAGUGAUAUCGGUUAAGUACUUAGUAAUAAUAAUGAAUAUAAAAAUUAACUUAAUAAAUUAGUUUACUAAAAACUAAGCAUUUAAACUGAAACCAGCAAAUUUGUUAAUUAAUAUUAUGUUUUUAAUGAACUAUAUAAUUAAAUGAAAUAACGAAACAUUUCGUCCGAUUAGUAAAAAGCAUUUGCUACGAAGCUUGAUAAAAACUAAAUAAAUAAAUAAAUAAUUAUAAUUAUUUACAAGCUGAUAACGGUAGCACAGCUAGUCAAUUAUAAAUAAAAAAAAAAUCUUAGAUGAUUUUAUAUAACAUGAAAAUAUGAAAUCAUUAACAAGAUGAUCUAUAAAAUAAAUUUUAAAAAUGCCAAACGGUGCGUGAAUUAUUUUUGUGCACUUACGUACGUGGAUUACAUUAGAAUUUAAUCGUGUAAAUAUAAUAAUCUCGAAGUUAUUAUAUAAUAAUUGAAUAAAUAAAAUAAAUGUAGGACUCGAGUACGUGUGCUAAAAAUGUUAUUGCUGUUUAAAAAAUAAUUUUCGUGGCUUAAUUAAUAUCAUCCACGUACGGUUAUCGCACGAAGUGGUUAAUUGCUCGGAGGAUUUUAAAAAACAAAAUACAUAAUUAAAAAAAAAUUUUAAAUCACUUCCUCGCCAUUCCGAUAUCACGUCCUUUUUUAUUGUUGUUGAAAUAUUAUUUGUUUUUGAUUUUUUCCUUUAUUAAUAUUGUUUAUUCUUAUUUUUAUCAAAGCCGUCCAGCUUAUAACGUGAAUGAAUAUUUCCUAUUAAUAUUGUUCACAUACAAAGUAUACUUAAAACCAAAAAUAAAUAAAUCAAUGAGUAAAUAAAUAAAAUAAUGUACUUAGAUUAUUAAUAUUAAUAAUAAUAUAAUAAUAUAAGAAUAAUAAUGAAUCAUUUAAAAAAAUUAUUCACUUAAAUUACUUAAUAUUUAUUAUAAAAUGGCUAUUCGCAUCGGUACUAUACAAUGAAAACUAUAGUGUAAAUGAAGCUAUACAUGAACAAUAAAUUUACUACAGUGUAAUGUAAUAAGUGAGGUUAUAUACAAACAAUUUACUUGAAUUAGCGGUGCGAAUAGCUUACUGAACAAUAAAUUGGCAGUUUUUAAUUAUUUAUCUAAAUAGGACGGCAUGUGCUUUUUACAAUAAAUAUUAAACUGCAAAAACAAAUAUAUAUAUUGAAUAUUUCUAUAUAAAAAUAUAAAAAGUAUUGAUCAAGAGUAUCAUUAAUUUUUUUGUACCAUAAAUGCUUGAAGUGAAUGAAAGAAUGUCUGUUAGGGGAUUUUUAAAUGAUUAAUGUAAAUGAGACUAGUCUAGGGGCCACUCAAUACAAAAUCAACAUUUACUGUAGUUAUUAUUUUUAUUUGUUACCUCACUAAUCAAUUACGGCAUUGCAUCAGCGCCGAAUUAACCUUGUUUCGAGCACACGCAUCUAAUCAUUUUCUAACAAUAGUCAGCUGUCGUUAUGCUUUUUACACUUGUAGUAAAUUAAUUAUUAAACAAUAGAAGAUGCAUGUUAAAUAAUUUUAUUAUAAUUUGAGUGAAAAUGUUUCGUCGUACAUAUUUAAUUAAAAUAAAAUAUAUAUUAAUAUUGGUAAAUAAAAAAAUAACAAAAAUGCUUUGUAUGAAUUGACUGGUUUUUAUUCAGAAAACAUUCCAGUUGCAUUUGUAUGAUUAAUUAAUACUGCUCACAAGCUCGUAAAAUUAUUGCGGUUAUAAAUUAUAACGCAGUAAACAAAAAAUUUUUAUAUUUGUUUAUAGAAAUAUAUAUAUAUAAAUAUAUAUUAAUAAUAAUUGUAAUUGUAAGAUUAACAAAUAUAUAUGCGAGUGCUGUAUUAUCAUGCAAAGUUGUUAGUAAAUUCCCUCCAUAAUGCUAAUGAAAAAAUUAAAUGAAAAAAUUGAAAAAAAAAA